ACAGUUCCCGCCGCGGAACUUGUCCGGUGGCAGUUGCAUGAGUGGGGUGACCCCGUGGCUGGAGGGGCUCGGGAGUGAUGGAAACAAUUUGGAUCUACCAGUUCCGCCUCAUCGUGAUCGGGGACUCCACCGUUGGCAAGUCGUGCCUCCUGCACCGCUUCACCCAGGGCCGCUUCCCUGGGCUGCGUUCCCCCGCCUGCGACCCUACAGUCGGAGUGGACUUCUUCUCUCGCCUGCUGGAGAUCGAGCCGGGCAAGAGGAUCAAGCUGCAGCUCUGGGACACGGCGGGGCAGGAGCGCUUCAGAUCAAUAACUCGAUCUUAUUACCGAAACUCAGUUGGUGGAUUUUUAGUAUUUGACAUUACUAACCGACAAUCUUUUGAACAUGUGAAAGAUUGGCUGGAAGAAGCAAAAAUGUACGUACAACCAUUUCGGAUUGUAUUUCUGCUAGUGGGACACAAAUGUGAUUUAGCUUCACAACGUCAAGUUACAAGGGAAGAAGCUGAAAAACUGUCAGCAGACUGUGGCAUGAAGUAUAUAGAAACCUCAGCAAAAGAUGCUACAAAUGUUGAGGAAUCCUUCACUAUCUUGACAAGAGACAUAUAUGAACUUAUCAAAAGGGGAGAGAUUUGUAUUCAGGAUGGCUGGGAAGGAGUUAAAAGUGGUUUUGUUCCGAAUACUGUGCAUUCUUCUGAGGAAGCAGUGAAGCCCAGGAAAGAGUGCUUCUGCUGAGUUCAAACAUGCCAAAGAACUAACAGCAACAGAUCAGAUAUCGUUUCAGGAUGAAUAUCAACAUCAACAGGAAAAUGAUGCAAUGAAAGCAUUAAAAAAAAGUGAGAAACCCAUGUGAACACUAUUUUGUAAGGUGUCUGUUUGAUUCAGAGCACUAUGCUUACUUGUUACACUACAAAAUUGGGUAUUUUGCUAAAAUAUCAGGCAAGGCAGACAACUUUUUCUUUAAACUACCAAAUUACUGCCAUUCUCUCACUUUGUUAGCUUAUAGCCAAACUUAAUGCCCAAAUAUGUCAAUAUUACUCAUUUUUCUAGACAAUUUGAAAUGGUUUUUUUGUGUGUGUGCAUACAUAGUUUGACUGAAAAGAUUUUAUCAGGAAUCACACUCUCUUGGGUUAAUUUAUUAGUAUUGAAUAGUAAAGGGGACUUAGAGCCAUUCACUUACUGACAAAACAAUCUCGGAGGUAUCAACCAGACUAAAAAUAGUUCCUUGUUUAAGGUGCCAGGUUUUUAACCAUUCUCUGGAGUUUUUAUUCCCUUAAUUUUGCCUGAACAUAAGAAAAUAAGUUUUAUACUCAUUUUUGUUCUCUGAUUUAUUGCUCCCGAAAAGUUUAUGUUUUAUGAAGCUAUUCUAAGGAUUCAGAUUAUUUUAUUGCAAAUAUUUAAAAUAAAAACAAAGGACC